UUAUCCUCUUCUCUUCCUUUUUAACCCAGCCUCCUCUGCCACAGUGUGCCUGCCUCCUCUUCGUUCUUCACCUUGCUGAUUGGAGAAGAGCAUGAAGCUGAGUCGUAGCAAACCGUCCAGCCCUUGCGUCCCCGGCUUCCAUCACAGGCCUCGCAUGAAGCAGUGUACUGGCCUUGCGUUAACACACUCCCACAGGGAACCCCCACCGCGCGCACAUCACGCCAUUGUUGCCAUUCUCCCUGUCUAUCUAUCAUAUCUGAUAUCCAUGCCAACGCGCAUGCGAUCGAGCCUUGGUAGUAGCUAAGCCUGCCCUCGCAUGCACACUCAGCCAUGGGUGCCCUCCAGAGCUUCCUCCCCUCCUAUCCCGAGCUCCUCCUGGCCGCGCUGUGCUUCCUCUCCCUCGCCGCCCUCCGCCUCUUGGUGCGCGCGCGGCGGCAGCGCGCGCCGGUGAGCUGGCCCGUGGUGGGCAUGCUCCCCUUCGUGCUCGGCAACCUCGGCCGCCUCUUCGACGCCACCACCGACGCGCUCCGCGAGUGCGGGGGCACGUUCGUGUUCCGCGGGCCGUGGCUGGCGCGCGCGGACUUCCUGGUGACGUGCGACCCGGCGGCGGUGCAGCACUGCCUGGCGUCCAACCACGGCGGCUAUGACAAGGGCCGGGACUUCGCGGAGAUGUUCGACGUCGUCGGCGACGGGCUGCUGGUCGCGGACGCCGCGUCGUGGGUGCGCCAGCGGCACGUGGCCGCCACCGUCUUCGGCAACCCCUCGUUCCGCUCCUUCGUGCUGUCCACCAUGGCGCGGCAGACGGAGCGGCUGCUGGUGCCGUUCCUCGACCACGCCGCCUCCGCGGCCUCGCCGGACGGGUUCGAGAUCGAGGACGUGUUCAUGCGGUACUCGCUCGACGUGUCCUACGCCUCCGCCUUCGCCGCCGACCUGGACGCGCUGUCCGUCGCCGCCGCCUCGGCGCCGGUCCCGCUGGUCGGCCAGGCGACCAGGGUGGCCAGCGAGGCUGCGCUGUUCCGGCACAUCGUUCCGGCCUGGUGGUGGAGGCUGAUGAGGUGGCUCAACGUCGGCACCGAGAGGAGGCUGGCCGAGGCAAAGGCGGUCCUCGACGAGUUCGUCUACCGCGAGAUCGCCAACCGCAAGUCCCAGUCCCUCGCCGUCGCCUCCGGAAGGCGAGGAGGAGGCAGCGACCUCCUGUCCCUGUAUAUGGCGUGGCCGAGGGACCCCGGCGUGACCGAACGGCAGCGGGACCAGUUCCUCCGCGACUCUGCCGUCGGUUACAUGUUCGCAGCCAAGGACCUCAUCGUCGCCGCGCUCACCUGGUUCUUCUACAUCCUCUGCACACACCCGCACGUCGAGGCCAAGAUCCUGCAAGAGAUCAAGUCCCUGCGCCCCAGCACCACCGUCACGGCUACCGGCGGCGGCGAGCACGCCGUGUUCGACUCCGACGCGCUCCAGCCCGCGUCCUACCUCCACGCCGCGGUCCUCGAGACGCUGCGGCUGUUCCCACCGGCGCCGUUCGAGGAGAAAGAGGCGGUUGGCGACGACGUGCUGCCGGACGGCACGAAGGUGGCCAAGGGCACCAGGGUCAUCUUCUGCAUCUACGCCAUGGGCAGGAUAGAGGAGAUAUGGGGCAGCGACUGCAACGAGUUCCGGCCGGAGCGGUGGCUGUCCGAUGUUGGCAGAGUCCGGCACGAGCCGAGCCACAAGUUCGCCGUCUUCAACUGCGGCCCCAGGAGCUGCCUCGGCAAGAACCUGGGACUCAGCAACAUCAAGAUCGCCGCUGCGGCAAUCUUAUACAACUUUCAGGUGGAGCUUGUCGACGGCCAUGCCGUCGAGCCGCAGGACUCAGUGGUGCUCCACACCAAGAACGGGAUGAGGGUCAGGAUCAAGAGAAGGAAGGCAGCGUGA